GUGGACCCUCUAGUUCUCGGUGGUUCGAGUUUUGUGUGUGGCUCGAUCGCUUCCCGAGUCGGCCUCCCCGAUCACGUCGCCUCCCUCCACCAACGACGGCGCUAUGGCGAGGUUCCUUGGGGACGGUGCCGUCAGUAGGCAGGCGGGUGGGCGGCCCGCUAUGCGCACCAGCGAGGCCCCCGGUGGGAUUCACAAGGAAAGAGCUUGUAGGAAUAGUGAACAGAACAUAGAGAGCCUAUUUCAGCAGCAUGCAACAGGAGUAGGUUUGGCAACUUAUCGGCGGGGGAGAGACAAGGCGGCCCGCCAGUUACAGCUAAUAGCUAUGGAGCCUCAGCCUGUUCAGAACAGAGAUGACCACUUCGUUUGGCCUUGGAUGGGUGUUUUGGUCAAUGUGCCUACUGAACUGAAAAAUGGGCGCCAUGUUGGAGAAAGUGGAAACCGGCUGAAGGAGAAGCUCUCGUGCUUUUGCCCGCAGAAGGUUAUUCCUUUGUGGAACUAUAGAGGCCACACGGGGAAUGCUAUUGUUGAGUUUGGAAAAGACUGGACUGCCUUCAAUAAUGCUCUUGCCUUCGAAAAUCACUUUGAGUCAGAAGGAUAUGGCAAACUGGACUGGAAGGCACACAGGCAUCGACGACCGGGGAUGUUUGGAUGGGUUGCAAGGGCUGAUGAUCAGAAAUAUCCAGGGCCGAUCGGGGAUUAUCUUCAUAAAAAUGGUGAUCUGAAAACUAUUGCAGAUGUUGAGAAUGAAGAAGCACGCAAAACAAACAAACUGGUAGCGAAUUUAGCUAGCCAGAUCGAGGUCAAGCGAAGGCAUGUGGAAGAACUUGAAUUUAAGUACAAUGAGACUACCAGCUCACUUGACAUGAUAAUGGAGCAAAAGGAUCAGCUGCUCCGGGCAUACAAUGAAGAAAUACACAAGAUGCAGCAACUUGCUCGUAGGCAUUCACAGAAGAUCAUUGAUGAGAAUCAAAAGCUCCGUUCAGAACUCGAGUCCAAGAUGCAGGACCUUGACUUAAGAUCCAAGCAGCUUGAUGAGCUAGCUGCGCGUAGUGAAUCUGAAAGAAGGAACCUUGAGCACGAGAAGGAAAAGAACGGUGUUAAAACAAAGCACCUUAAGAUGGCAACAUUGGUGCAACAGAAGGCUGAUGAAAAUGUGCUCAAGCUUGUGGAAAAACACAAGUUGGAGAAACAAGUCGCUCUAGAUAAGAUUAUUAAGUUGGAGCAGCAACUGGAUGCCAAGCAGAAGCUUGAGUUAGAGAUAAAGCAGUUGCAGGGUAAAUUGGAAAUCAUGAAGCAUAUGCCAGGUGAAGAAGACUCUGAAUCGAAGAAAAGAAUAGAUGAACUUAGUGAGGAGUUACAAGACAAAUAUGAUGAAAUGGAUGCAAUGGAAUCACUCUACCAUGCUCUGCUUAUCAAGGAACGGAAAAGCAAUGAUGAAUUGCAAGAUGCUCGGAGGAAGCUGAUAGAUGGUUUGCAGACUAUUACAACUGGCCGAGCGAAUAUUGGCAUUAAAAGAAUGGGCGAGCUUGAUCUUAAAUCAUUUGCAAUUGCUUGCGGACGUAAAUUGUCAAAAGAAGAUGCAGAAGUUACUGCUGCCAUUCUUUGUUCAAAGUGGGAGGCUGAGAUAAAAAACCCAGAAUGGCACCCUUUUAGGGUUGUCAUGGUUAAUGGGAAAAAAAGGGAGCUUGUCUGUGAGGAUAAUGAGAAGCUUCAGACUCUAAAAGAAGAGCAUGGCGAAGAAGUUUAUGGUUUGGUGACAAAGGCGCUGGUUGAAGUUAACGAGUACAACCCCCGUGGCCGCUAUGCCGUACCGGAGCUGUGGAACUACAAGGAGGGCCGGAAAGCAACACUGAAAGAGGCUCUGCAGUACGUCCUGAAACAGUGGCGGACACACAAGAGGAAGCGAUGAACUCCCACUGACCUAUACAUGAAUUUGCUGUUUAUUUAGCAUUUACUACAAGUUACUCCCUCCGUUCCUAAAUAUAAGUCUUUCUAGAGAUUCUACUAAAGGACUACAUACGGAUGUAUGUAGACAUACUUUAGAAUAUAUAUUCACUCAUUUUGCUUCGUAUGUAGUCACCUAGUGAAAUCUUUUAAAAGACUUAUAUUUAGGAACGGAGGGAGGAACGGAGGGAGUAGAUAAGAGCUGUACGUGUGGCUCUCAAUGGUGAGACUUGUAGAAUGUUCAGCUGUCACGGUCGUCUAGUUGUCCGAGUUUAGCUGGGAUUAUGACACGCAAGCGGGGAGAUUCCAAUUUUCCAGGGUUUUGGGCCAGGUGUAAGUAAAUGAUGCCUGAAGCAACACCUGAAAACGUUGUGCAGGAGACAAAAAGAUCUCGGAACGCUGCUCCAGUUGCAAGUCCGCGAUGAUGAAUUCCUACCAUAAGAUCAAACAAGUCUGUAGAUUGAAUUGCUAGUGCCUCUUAUUUUGGAUUUGAAUUGAGUUGUGUUGAAGGUA